AUGAGGCUCUUCUCUAUCGUCGUCGCCGCACUCGCGGUCGCGUCUCCGGUUCUAGGAGCACCCCAAGGCGGACCAAUCCUCCCAGCUUUCAAGACGAUUCCCAGUAACGAUCGUAACAUCUUUUACCAUGGUCGAUGGGAUGAAAAUAACGGCAGCUGGUGGGCCGGCACCGGCUUCAAAGUGAACAUCCAGAACCUCAGAAGGCUGUCCAUCAACCUGGGCACUAACUCUUCUUGGCCCUCUGCACCCACCGCUAUUUCGUUCGACAACGGGAAAUUCGAGACCGUCGAGCUCGCCAGCGGGACAAACCACAUCGCCAUCCCUGAGCAUAUCGCGAAGGCGGAAAGAGGGAAGACCACCCUUUUGAGGGUGAACGUUCAAGGGUGGCAGCAGAAUAGGAUUCAGUUCCAGAGUUUGGAUCUGAACAUUGAUGCGCAGCUGGAACCGUACAAGCCUGCGAAGCGUGCUUUCCAGUUCAUUGGUGAUUCACUGUCCGCUGGCCAAUUCCUCCCUCAAGGCGUGAACCAAGCCUGGCCUUUCCUCGUUGGCGAGCACUUCAAAGCAGAACACAGGAUCAACGCCCAGCCUGGUGCAACUCUGACUGAUCGAGAAUCUUACGGAAACGUUCACGGCAUCUCGUAUCAGUAUUUCCGAACCGAAGAUACAGGCUUCAUCUGGACUUCGGACCACAACUACACCACCCCAUGGGACUUCAAACGCGAUGUUCCCCGAGCGACGCAUAUCGUUAUCCAUGUCGGCGCCAAUGAUGCAUCGCAUGACAUUAGCGGGGAGGACUUCACCAAGGUGUAUCAAGAGUUCCUUGACAAGCUGAGGAAGAUCAACGGUCCUCAUGCUCAUAUCUUCAUCUUCACGCCGUGGGGCUGGCCAAACGCCGACGGAAACACCUACUACUAUUACGAAGGUGUUUACGAGGCUAUCGUCAAGUCCAGGCGAGCCAAGGGCGAUCGAAACAUCCACUUGGUCGAUACUACAGGUUGGGUAACCUGGGACGACGUCUUCCACGAUAACGUCCAUCCGAACGUCCCUGGUAUGGCGAACAUUGCAGACAAGUUUAUCGAGUGGUUGGAGAAAUGGGAGGCGAGGAAUCGGUGGUAA